GCAAUCAAAGCAACCUGUGAUCCUUCAAUCAAACACAAAUUAAGUCUACUCCUCAACCGAUUCACCAACUCAUCGCAGCAUUUGUUGAUCCUGCAUUUAUAUUCCUACAAAAAUAUCUAUCAACUCCCAACAUGGAUGACAACGAGGACGACGACGAGCAUCCUGAGGGCGGACUCCUCACCGAUGGCAGCCUUGAGGAGGAGGAGGAUGAUUUCGCAGAUCUGGAGCCCAUUGGACCAGUCGAAAGCUGGGAGUCCUUCGAUGAGCGUGUCGAGGGUUUAAUCUACAACGAGCAUUGUGACAAGACUGUGCGAAGACUGGAUGAUCGCAGUCUGGAUAUUAUCACCCAAGUGCGUCAGCAGUUCCGAGAAGCACCCAAGGGAGUGGCGGAGAGAUGCAAAGCCCAGAAGUCACCCAUUGACCAGCAGUUGGAGAUGUCCAGUGAGAGAUUGGAGGAGUUGAUCCGCUUCGGCAACGAGUUGGUGACCAAUGUUCGAGUGGCCAAUGAGCGGCGUGAACUCAAUCGCCGUAUGUUCGAGGCGACUCAAAGGAACCAGGUGCAGGUCAAGUUGCAACGUGAGACCGUAGAGACUCUGGCUCGCUUCAGUGACAUCAAGGCGCGUUGGACGGAGUUGGAGGAGUUCACUGAACCAAUGGUCCUGUGGGAUCAGAUCGAGGAGCAGAAGCGUCGCCUCUCUGAGAUCAUGGAUCGCAAGGAUGAAAUGAUUGCUACUUGCCAGAAGGAGGUGGAUCGUAUGAAUGCCAAGUAUGAGCUCGAUCGACAGGCUCAGGCCCAGGAUCUAGCCUGUCUGGUGGAGCGAGUGGAGCAUCAGGUGGAGACCCUUAAGUUGGCUUACAAACAACAUCUGGAGAUGCUGAGUCACACCAUCGAACAAGAGCGCGAGAUCUUUGCCAUCGGAGCGGUGGAAAAGUGGCGCUCCUAUUUUGAUGCCAUGAAUACAAACUUGGAGGAGAAGGCAAACUUGGUGCGGACCCGCGAGCAAUUCUAUGCCGCUCAGACACAUCACAUUAACGAGACCCAGGAGGAGUUAACCAAGAGCACACGCAUCCGACUGCAAAAGGAGUGCGAGCGUCUGGAACUGGAGCUUCGAAGGACACGGGACUAUGCCUUAAUGAAUUCCGAGAAAAUGGACUAUAACUACCAGGUGAUGCAAAAACGCAAUGAGGAGAAUGUGGUGAUCAAUAACCAGCAAAAGCGACGUGUGGCCCGUCUCCACGAGACUAUAGCCCGGACCAGGCAAGCUCAUAAGAAUCUCAUCGAGAGCGGGCAGCGGAAUAUAUCGAAGCUUUCCACGGAAAUCUACAAGCUUCAUGCCCACAUCAACGACAUGGAAUCGAAGGCUCUGCAGGCGCGGAUUAACAAUCGCGAUAAGUUCGAUAGCAUUUGGGAGAUUAACUAUUUGGAGCUGAAUGUUUUGGUGGAACGUGUCUAUCACAUUGAUCGUAUUAUCCAUGAGCAGCAAUUGUUCUUGCCCUGGACUUGUCCCGUUCCCCCAAUACCGAACAUUAACAAGCCCAAGAAGAAGCGGAGUAUCCUGGAGAAAUUUGAUAUGCGUAUUGGGCGGGUGCCCAAGAAUCGAGUGGUAAAGGGAGCCUCUGGUGCUGGCAAACAACGUCCAGAUAUUAGAGAUCUUCCACCAGAUUCACUGCGUCUGAUGCGUAAUCUGAUGCGAAAGCUAUCCGAUCGUGGUGGCUUCCUCAUUGAGGAGCGCCUGCUAAAGAUCCUGGAGCCCUACUCCGAGGAAGACAAGUGCCUGGUUCGCAUAGAUAAUAUAUUUGCCGCACUACGUAUUCGACAUUUGCGGGAUGUCAAGGAGCUGACUAAAGUAUUUAUGCCCUUUACCUAUUGUCCCAACUGUCAGCCACAGGGAUUAAGUCCAAGGAAAUGUGCGGAGGUGUUUAUGAAGGACACCAAGCCCCAUAAGCUAUUGAGCAGCCAACCUGAGAAUAAAUCUUAUUCAUCGGAGAUACCAGAGAAGCUUCUAAACAAACGCGAGGAGAUGGCCAAGAAGUGCAACAAUCACUACCUGGUCAUGGAACCUGCUCUCUGCCUGCAUGCCAUGAAUUUGUUCACCUCGAAGAUGCAUAAGCAAAUGUAUGAGCAUGUGCCUGGCACCAACAUGCAUGCGGUGAAUCUCAUAAAGAUCUCAGACAGCGAGAUUCGUGAUUUUUGGCGCCAGUUUGCAGCCUGUUUUCCGCCUGCCAAAUGCAAGUUGUGGAAGACUUUGGAGCAUGGCUUGAAUCAUUAUGUGGAAGUGCUUAAAUCGCGAGUACAGUAUGAUAAGGAGGUUGUCUUCCUGCGGCGCCAGAAUGAGGAGCUGCGUCAUUUGCUUCAGAAGUUUACUGUUUAACUAUAUGAAAUAAUGCUCUAGUUGAUUCUGUAAAUGUAAAAUUGUAUUUGUGGCUUAGUCUAGGGUUAUUGGAAAUUAUAAUUUUAUGUUUAAAUGGUUAA